AUGGACUUCCAGGGAUCCGCCGCUCCUCCUGCCCGCACCUGCUUCACCUGCGGUGCUGCCGGCCACCAGGCCCGCGAGUGCCCCAACCGUGGCGCCGCCAAGUGCUACAACUGCGGCAACGAGGGCCACAUGAGCCGUGACUGCCCCGAGGGCCCCAAGGACACCAAGUCCUGCUACCGCUGCGGCCAGGCUGGCCACAUCAGCCGCGACUGCCCCCAGGGAGGCAACGUCGGCGGCGGUGGUGCCUCUAGCUCCGAGUGCUACAAGUGCGGUGAGGUCGGCCACAUUGCCCGCAACUGCCCCAAGUCUGGUGGCGGCUACGGUGGCGGCUUCGGUGGCGGCUACAACUCCGGCGGCUACGGCGGUGCCAGCCAGAAGACCUGCUACUCUUGCGGUGGCUACGGCCACAUGUCUCGCGACUGCACCAACGGCUCCAAGUGCUACAACUGCGGCGAGAACGGUCACUUCUCUCGCGACUGCCCCAAGGAGUCCUCCGGCGGCGAGAAGAUCUGCUACAAGUGCCAGCAGCCUGGUCACGUUCAGUCCCAGUGCCCCAACUAA